ACAGUGGGUCUCGGCAUGCACUCGAAUGGGAAUUCAUUGGCGCUGCUGCUGGCGCUGACGCUGCUAGCGAUGAUUGUGGCAAUGCCAGAGGCAGAGACGCCGCAGCUUUUCGGGGAUAUACACAUCCCCAGCGACAUGGAAUCGCUCAGUCUUACCCGAGAGCGUCAGCAGCAUCUUUGCCAGCGUGAGGUGCCCGUUGUCUUUUUUCAAACUCAGAAGAACUCCCCACAUCGAGGCAAUGGCUCCACCAUCUUCUACCACCGCAUCGAGGUCUGCUGUCUGGGCUACAGGCGCGAUCCCUACUCAGGCAGAUGCGUCCCAGACUGUUCCCAGAGUUCGCCGGACAAUUGUUUCAACGGCUUCUGCCGUGCCCCGGGACGUUGCGAAUGCUUUUCAGAGUUCGUACGCAAUGCCCACGGUGCCUGCAUCCACACCUGUCCCAUAUCUUGCCAGGGUGGCAGGUGUUAUCUGAACGGCACAUGUGCCUGCCAUCCAGGCUAUGUGCUGGAUCGAGAGACGCGCCUCUACUGUCGGCCACACUGCUCCCAGGCAUGUGGCUCUCAUGAGGAAUGCGUCACUCCAGGAUUGUGCGACUGUUCUCCUGGCUAUCGUCGCACCGACGAACUGGGCUGUCAGCCCAUUUGCACCCCGGACUGUGGCUAUGGCAAGUGUGUGGCUCCAAACCAGUGCGAGUGCUUUCCGGGUUUCAUCAAGCGUCCGCAGCGUAGUGUCUGCGAGGCAGAGUGUCACAUUAAUUGCGAGAAUGGCUUCUGCGAGUCGCGGUACAAGUGUCAGUGUCGUGAGGGCUAUCGCUAUGAUCUGAACACCACCAGCUGUCUCCCAGAGUGCCUAGACGACUGCGGACAUGGGAACGGAGUGUGCAUUGCCCCAGGAGUUUGUCGCUGCUUCGAGGGACACGAGGGCCGAGGCAAUGGCUGUCAACCCAAGUGUGAUGGCACCUGUGGCCGCCGCGGACUGUGUCUGUUGCCCAAUAUCUGCGGCUGUCUGCCGUCCCAGCAGCACUGCCUGAAUGGCAGCUGUGAUGCCAACGGCCACUGCAGUUGCCCCAAAGGACAGACGCACUUCAUCGAUCGCUGCCUAAAGCCCACACAGCUCAUCCUUCAGUUGGUCACGAAUGAAAGAAGACUUCACUUCAACCAGCAACUGGGCUAUGAGUUCAGUGCCCUGAUCGGACGCCACUUUAAUCUCAGCUAACUCACACAAUA